CGGCCCGUCCUCUCCUCUCUCUCCUCCCACUUAAUGAGUAUGUUGGCCCGUCCUCUUCUCCCGUUUCAGUGUCACUCAGAGUCAGGUCUUCAGGACUCUGAGAGUGAGAGCUGAAACUUUUCCCACAGAGCAGAAAGAGAGCGAUCACAGAGGAGGAAAACUUCUCUUUCUCUGUUUUUCUGUCAGAAGUUUGAUGUUUUGGACUCUUCAGCAGAGACAUGAGACUGCAGAGAAGAACCUGCUGAGACAGACGGACAGACAUGGACAAACAGAAAGUUCUGGCUAAGCUGAUCUGGGACCUGCAGUCGUUCCUGUCUGUUCUGGACUCGGAGAACUUGAGUUAUAUCGCUCAGGCUCAGAAGAAAUCCAUCUCAGAGCUGCUGUCCAAACUGCAAACAAACGACACUCCUGUGGAAGAUGCCGAGUACAUGAUCAUGAGCUGUCCAUCAUCGUCUCCUAGCAACGAGCUGACAGACACAGAGGGAGUCGGGUCCUCUGAGCUCGACUCGCCUGUGUGGCUGAGAAACUCGAUUCAGGGUCCUGUGGUGCCGCCUCUCCCUCCAGGAGGCCUCGGUGGUGAUGAUGAUGAAGAUACAUACGAGGAGGCAGCACCUUACGUAGCUGACACAACCACCUCUAACACGGAGAAGGCGGAGUCAGACAGCAGUCACUACGAGUCGUACGGGGAGGAAGAUGACGAUGACGAGGAGCCUGUGAAGGACAGAGCUCACUACCUCCAAUGGAGCGCCUCGCAGCCCUGCCUAAGGCCCAUCCCCGAGUCCCGCCUCUGUGGUUAUCUGUGGAAGAGGAAGUGGCUCGGACAGUGGACCAAACAGCUGUUCAUCAUCAGGAACGACGUGCUGCUGUGUUAUAAGUGUGCUCAGGACCUGCUGCCUCAGAUGGAGUUGAGCUUGCGCGGUUGUCAGCUCGCCUACAAGUCAAAGAGCAACAGGAAGAUCCAGCACCAGCUCAAACUGGUUCUACUGGGAUCUGAGUCUCUGGUGCUGGGAUACAGCAGCUUCCAGCAGGCCGACGAGUGGAAGAGGGUGAUGGAGGAGGUGAGUGUCGGAUGUGAAGCUAAAUCUCAGAGCUGCUCGUCUCUGAACAAAUCAGACCAGAUGCUGUCCUGCAGGUCCAGUACAGUCCUGUCUGACUCUGAGGAGGAGAAACCUUCAGCCCAUUGCAGCCUCAACACAAACAAAGGUUUCCUGAGCGUGCUGAUGAACUGUCAGUGGCAGAGUUUACGGUGUCAAGUGGAGGCCGGUCUCCUCAACAUGUUCGGACAGGAAGAGGAGGACGAGGAGGAGGGAGGGGAGCUGAAGAGUAAGCGGUCGCCUCAGUACACCGUCCAGCUGAGAGGUUGUGAGGUCAAACCUGGACCAGACACUGAUCACUCCUACAGGAUCACACUGAGCAUGCUCGAUGACCAGGUGGCUGUGCUGGAGGUAAGUAGUUUAGAAGAAAAGGAGCGCUGGUUAAAGCUUCUGCAGGACGGAGCUGCCAAUCACAGUCACCAUGACAACAACCCAAAGGAAUACACAGGUGGAUCUCUCAGUGGCUUGCAGAUUCGAAGGUUUCCCGCCUCAAACACCUACAUGGACGACCCUUUCCGUCUGAGCGGAGAAGGCCGAGGCCAGCCCAUCUACUCCAACACCUCCAUCCUGGAGCACAUGAUGAGCAGCUCUCAGGACUCUGUUCACUGCAGCUCGUUGUCCUCCAGAGACUCAAUGACCUACAGCAACACCAUCUUCACAACACAAAGCAGGAAGUCGGCGGACUUUGAGCGGGCCGUUCAGAAGCUGGAGCUGACGGGGAAGAGGUCGGUGCAGCUGAGGGCGGGGUCAGAGACCAACCUGGCGUCUGUCGGGAAGCAGAACAAACGCACGUUCAGACAGUCGCUGGCCGUCUGCACUGAGCGCGCUCAGGCUGGUUUCCUGAAUCCUCUGCUGAGACGGACGGCCUCAGCUAAAAACUCUCUGAAGCGAGCACCUUCAGCGCUGUUCAUCGAACACGGGAAGGUUUUCCAGAGACGGAAGGAGUGGGAAACCAAAACUGCUGCUUGACGUCGUCGUCCGUGUGAUCAUCACAUCAAGUGAAGAGCCUCCAAAGAACACAAAGUGCAUUUCAUUUCAAGGGACAAACUCUGAGUCGUUGUUUCUAACAUAAUGUCAGUGUUUGCCUCUCUGACUGCUGAAGACUUUAACAGUCUGUGGUUCUAAUACAACAUUAGUUUGGCCUUUAUCCUCCUGAUACUCGCUGUGUGAUAAACCUGGAAGACAACGUCUGCUUUGCAUUAAGGGGAGUUAAGUUAUGUUUUUGUUGGUUUCUUUGAUUGCAAGCGAGCGCUGAAAAGAAGAUUAUUCUUCUUGCUGUAGCAACAACAUGUCAAUCACAGGAGGCCCCGCCCUAAAAGUGGUCCCUGCUUUAUCGUCUAUCUUUGUCUAAAUUGGACUUUAAUGAAUGAGAUGAACAUCAUGAUGUGUAAGGAAAGACUUGAAACCAGAAAUAGAAACAGAAAGCUUGUUAGGAAAACGUUUAAGAAGGUAAUAAAUCAAGUGAGAGGUCGGCUCAUUUUCUCGUAGACUCCUUUGGAAACCGGUGGGCUCGCCCCCUGCAGGUCAGUAGAAAGAACUUUCCUGCCCUGGUACAUGUACUUCCUAUUUAAACUCAAUGACACCUGUCAGGUAUAAUCAAAACAACAUGCAGUUAUGUUCAGACUUCUCUCUACAAAGCGCAAACAUAAAAACACUCUAACAUUCACUUUUAACCACUUAUUUGUGUUUUUCUGUUCAAUUUAAGGCUUUAAUAUUCUGUUUUUUUUAUAUAAGAAUUAUCACUGUAAUUAAUUGGUGCUUAAGAAUCAAGUGAACUUCCUGCUUUUCAGCCAAUCAGAGAAGAGUGUCUGUGAAGCAGGAGUCUGCGCAGGGUAAAAAUAUGUGAUAAGGACAUUUUGUAUUUUCUUUCCAGUGUGAUUCUCAGAGAGUGUGAUCAGGAUUUUCUAAAUUAUGUUAAAUUGUGAUGUUUAUCAGUCAGGUAGCACAUGUUUUUAGUUCUGUUUUCUUUAAUCCAAUGUUAUUUCUUCUGUGUAAUUUAUGAUGUUAUCUCCAGCGGUGGAAGAAGUGAGCAGAUACUAAACUUUGGUAUGAGUAUGACAACUACACUGUGAAUAUUCUCCAAGUCUAAAGUCCUGCAUCCAAAGCCGUGGAGAUGUUUGUCAGGUUUGAAGUUGUCUAAACUUAUGUGAAGUCUGAAUCACUUCAAUUUGUGUUUAAUGGCAGUAAUGGAGUCGAUACAGUCCACUACUUGUUAUAACUGAAUACAUGUGUGUAUAUAUAUUGAUCAACACAAUUUAAUUAUCAGUCACUUGUUUGUUUUCUUUUUAUAUUUACUGGAUUUUCUUUAUAAUCUCAGGAAAAAAAAGUUUCUUUGUUGAUGUUUGACACUAAAAUGUAAAAUAUUAAAAGCAUGAAUUUUACAUCU